CCGGUGGGCAGGUUUGACCAUGAGCUACCCAGGGUACCCGCCGCCCUCAGGCGGCUACCCUCCAGUUGCACCAGGUGGCGGUGCCUGGGGAGGUGCUGGCUACCCCCAACCCAACAUGCCCCCUAUUGGGCUGGAUAACGUGGCCAACUACGCAGGGCAGUUCAACCAGGACUACCUUUCAGGAAUGGCAGCCAACAUGUCCGGGACGUUCGGAGGAGCCAACGUGCCAAACCCGUACCCUGGCGCCCCUGGGGCCCCCGGGGGCGGUUACCCUCCUCUGCCCCCUGGGGGUUUUGGGCAACCCCCUUCCACCCAGCAGCCUGUUCCUCCGUAUGGAAUGUACCCGCCCCCUGGAGGAAACCCGCCCUCUGGGAUGCCUUCAUACCCGUCAUACCCAGGGGCCCCUGUGCCAGGCCAGCCCAUGCCGCCUCCCGGACAGCAGCCCCCAGGAGCCUACCCUGGGCAGCCGCCAAUGACCUACCCUGGGCAGUCACCAAUGCCGCCUCCUGGGCAGCACCAGCAGCCGGUGCCAAGCUACCCAGCAUAUCAAGGGUCCGGGACCGUCACCCCUGCCGUGCCCCCAUCUCAGUUUGGGAAGCGAGGUACCAUCACCGAUGCUCCUGGCUUUGACCCCCUGCGAGAUGCCGAGGUUCUGCGGAAGGCUAUGAAAGGCUUUGGGACUGACGAGCAGGCCAUCAUCGACUGCCUGGGGAGUCGCUCCAACAAGCAGCGGCAGCAGAUCCUCCUGUCCUUCAAGACAGCGUAUGGGAAGGAUCUGAUCAAAGAUCUGAAAUCUGAACUGUCAGGAAACUUCGAGAAGACUAUCUUGGCUCUGAUGAAGACCCCAAUCCUCUUUGAUGUUUACGAGAUAAAGGAAGCCAUCAAGGGGGCUGGCACAGACGAAGCCUGUCUGAUCGAGAUCCUCGCCUCCCGCAACAACGACCACAUCCGGGAACUGAGCAGAGCCUACCAUGCAGAAUUCAGGAAGACCCUGGAGGAGGCCAUUCGAAGCGACACGUCAGGACACUUCCAGCGGCUCCUCAUCUCUCUCUCUCAGGGAAACCGGGACGAAAGCACAAAUGUGGACAUGUCGCUCGUCCAGAGAGAUGUCCAGGAACUGUACGCAGCUGGAGAGAACCGCCUGGGAACAGAUGAGUCCAAGUUCAAUGCAAUCCUGUGCGCCCGGAGCCGGGCCCACCUGGUGGCAGUUUUCAACGAAUAUCAGCGAAUGACAGGCCGAGACAUUGAGAAGAGCAUCUGCCGGGAGAUGUCCGGGGACCUGGAGCAGGGCAUGCUGGCCGUGGUGAAAUGUCUCAAGAACACCCCUGCCUUCUUUGCUGAAAGGCUCAACAAAGCCAUGAGGGGAGCAGGAACAAAGGACCGGACCCUGAUUCGCAUCAUGGUGUCUCGCAGCGAGAUUGACCUCCUGGACAUCAGAACGGAGUACAAGCGGCUGUACGGCAAGUCGCUGUACCACGACAUCACGGGGGACACCUCGGGGGAUUACCGGAAGAUUCUGCUGAAGAUCUGUGGUGGCAACGACUGAGUGGUGACCAGUGGCUCACUCUGUCCACCUGCCAGCAACAGUGAUGCUAGGAAAAGGCCAAAAGAAUGUCUGUCUCUUUCUACCAAACCCACAAGAUAGCCCCAACCCCAGUGCCGACAACCCAUGGAUCCUCGGCCCUGUCCCCACCCGCCCCUUUUUUCGCCCCUCCUGACCGUGCCCACCCGCCCCUCCUGGUCAUGCCCACGGGCCUGGUUGGCCUGGACGCUCAGGACGCCGUCUCCUUCCCUCCACCGCCCUCACAGCCUCUUGCUGCUAAAGUAGAUGUUUUAUCUCUGACUCAUGCAGCCAUUCCCCUUUGCUUGUAGCUGAGACACUCGGCUUCAUUUUAGUCACUUGAUUUUAAUGUUUUUUGGAGGCAUUUUUUUAUAGUCAUUGCCAGACAGGUGCGUCUACUCCGCUGCCACACAUUUCGGGUGCGAGCAGUCGGGGGGCAGUGCCAUGUCCUCACUGAGGAGGAAAAGGGAGGACCUUUCAGGGCAAUCUUUGAAUCUGGUGAGGAUGUGUCAUGAGCUUUGUUAUUGCCAAACUCACUGCUUUUUAGAGAAGAAAAAACAAAAAGCCAGAAAGUCAUCUGUUCCUUCUUCAUGCAAAAGCAGGGAACAGAGCCAGCUCCCUGUUACAGGGCUCUUUGUAACGGAGAAUGUGCCUUACACCUGGAUGCUGAUGGCCAAAAGCUGUUUCUAAAUUAAAGCCAGCCAGCUCUGGAACAUUCUGGAAACGUU